AGCAGCCGUUAAAAUGACUUGUCUCGAGUUUCUCAUAUAAAAAGAGGAAGUUUUCAGGAAAGUCCUGAUCAUCAGAAGAGGGUGUGUGUAGCCCUUCCCGGCUACAGCCAGGACGCUGAAGUGCCUUUGCCCUACUGUCAGUUGAGUGCUGCCGAGCAGAACAACUCCUCAGGGCAAGGAUAUCUGGGAUGCUGCUGAGGGCCCCCUGAAAUGAGGGUGGCACCUGUGCUUGUCCCUAGGAGCUCUGCAGAUCUGAUUGUCAGCAAACAUAUCUUCAGGCAAAUUGAACAAGGCCCAGAUCUGUUCUGCCUACCUCUCUACCUCCUCAUAGCCACUUUCCAGGACAGACUCUUGCAAAUUCUCAAGAAAAGGCAACUAAUCUAAGGGUUCCAGAUUAAAGAGCCUCAUGAAGACUUAUUUCAAGUUUCUAAUAUAAAAGUGGAAGUUUUCAGAAAAGCCCUGGAAGAGAAUUGAAGCUUUGAUAUGAGCGAACAAGUAACUCUACCUGAAAUGACCAAAGACUGGACCAAAGAGCAUGUGCAAAAAUGGGUAACCGAAGACCUUAAGAUUGAUGAGAAAUAUGGGCAAAUUCUGUUCCGUGAAGAAGUGACGGGAUUAGUCCUGCAAGAAUUAACUGAGAAGGACCUUGAGGAAAUGGGGCUACCACGGGGUCCAGCACUUUUGAUAAGACGUAAGUACAACAAAUUGAAUAAUAAUUCUCCUAAAAGUGACAAGCAAGAUUCUGGACAGUUAGCCCAUACAAAACCCUCCAAAAAAGAACACCAGAAAAAGCCAAAACAGACAAAAAUGGAAGAGGAAAAAUCAAUGUCAUCUGAUAUCAGUCAUGAUCUCAGAGAGAUCAGAGAUACCAAAGAGCAAGAAUCAAUUCUUAUGAAAGAAACUGCAUUAAAUGAAGCAGCAAACACUAAAGACACAAAAAAGAGUAAACUAAAAACUGAACUGUUGACUUGCAUGCCGUAUCCUUUUGAUCAGUUCCAUGACAGCAAACGUUACAUAGAAAAUUAUAUUCUACAACCUGAAACAGGACCACUCAAUCUCAUUGACCCAGUCCAUGAGUUCAAAGCUCUCACGAAUACAGAAACAGCCACAGAAGAGGAUAUUAAGAUGAAAUUUAGCAAUGAAGUUUUCCGAUUUGCAUCAGCCUGUAUGAAUUCACGCACCAAUGGUACCAUCCAUUUUGGAGUCAAGGACAAACCCCAUGGAGAAAUUGUUGGUGUGAAAGUUACCAGUAAGGAUGUUUUCAUCGACCACUUCAAUCUAAUGAUCAGAAAGUAUUUUGAAGAAAAUGAGAUCAAUAAAGCCAAGAAGUGUAUUCGAGAGCCAAGGUUUGUGGAAGUCCUACUGCAGAACAAUAUGCCAUCUGACAGAUUUGUUAUUGAAGUAGAUAUUAUUCCAAAAUACUCUGUAUGUAAAGAGAAGUAUUUCUACAUUAAGAUGCAAAAUUGUAAAAAUAAAACAUGGAAACAGAACGAAGAUCAUUCACUGUUUGUGAGAGAAGGGGCUAGCUCUAAGGAUAUCUUGGCCAAUGUCAAGCAACGGGAUAUAGAGUUCAAAGCAUUUUUACAAAAUGUAAAGUCAUGGGCAGCAUCUAGAAAAAAGGCCGAAGAAGAACAUGAAAUGAAGUCAACUAAGAAGGAGAGUGAAGGAGUAAAGCUGGUUAAACUUCUCAUAGGAAACCGAGACUCGCUGGAUAAUUCGUAUUAUAAAUGGUACAUUCUUGUAACAAAUAAAUGCCACCCAAACCAAAUAAAGCACUUAGAUUUUCUGAAGGAAAUUAAAUGGUUUGCUGUGUUGGACUUUGAUCCUGAAUCUGUAAUCAAUGGAGUGGUCAAAGCUUACAGAGAAAGCCGAGGAGCAAACCUUCACUUUCCACACCAGUAUGAAGAAAAAACAACUAACAUGCAAGAGAAGAUUUCUAUUCUGAAUCUUUACCACCAGCCCAGCUGGAUCUUCUGUAAUGGCAGAUCAGACCUGAAAAAUGAGACGUAUAUGCCUCUAGAACCACAUUUAUGGCAGAGAGAAAGAGCUUCUGAGGUCAGGAAACUGAUUUUAUUUCUCACAGAUGAAAAUAUAAUGACAAGAGGGAAAUUUUUGGUGGUGUUUCUUCUACUCUCCUCAGUGGAAAGCCCAGGAGAUCCAAUCCUUGAAACGUUCUCUGCUUUCUAUCAAGCUCUCAAAGGAAUGGAAAAUAUGUUGUGUAUCUGUGUAAACUCACAGAUCUUUCAACGAUGGAGAGAUCUACUACAAACAAGAUUGACAAUAGCAGAUGAAUUAACAAACCACAGUGUUUCCACUUUAAAUGUAGAACUGCUAAACAGUACUAUCCUUACGCUAAAAUCAGUGACUCAGUCAUCAACAAGGCUUUUGCCCUCCUGUGGAUCUACUUCAGUUAUCCUAGAGAAAAAAGAAGAGGAUAUCUUGACUGCGCUGGAAAUCCUCUGUGAAAAUGAGUGUAGAAACACAGACAUAGAGGGCGAUAAAUCUAAAUUUCUAGAAUUUAAGAAAUCAAAGGAAGAACACUUUUAUCGAGGUGGCAAAGUGUCCUGGUGGAACUUCUAUUUUUCUUCUGAAAACUAUUCUUCAGCUUUUGUGAAAAGGGACAGUUAUGAAAACCUUAAAGAUUUAAUACAGCGCUGGGCAGAGUCUCCUAAACCAAUAUUUGCAAAGAUCAUCAAUCUUUAUCAUCAUCCAGGCUGUGGGGGUACUACAUUGGCUAUGCAUGUUCUCUGGGACCUAAAGAAAAACUUCAGAUGUGCUGUGUUAAAAAAUAAAGCAACAGACUUUGCAGAAAUUGGAGAACAAGUAACUAAUCUGAUCACCUUUAAGGUAACUGGCCAUCAGGAUUAUGUUCCUGUGCUUCUCCUUGUAGAUGAUUUUGAAGAGCAGGAAAAUAUCUACAUUUUACAGAAUGCCAUCCAUUCCGUUUUAGCAGGGAAGGGUUUGCGAUAUGAAAAAACAUUGGUAAUUAUCUUAAACUGCAUGCGAUCCCGGAAUCCAGAUGAAAGUGCCAAAUUAGAAGACAGUAUUGCACUAACAUACCAACUUUCUCCCAAGGAACAAAGAGCUUUUGAGGCUAAACUGGAGGAAAUUGAAAAGCAGCACAAGAACUGUGAAAACUUUUAUUCCUUCAUGAUCAUGAAAAGCAAUUUUGAUGAAACAUAUAUAGAAAAUGUAGUCAGGAAUAUCCUGAAAGGACAGAAUGUUGACAGCAAGGAAGGCCAACUCAUUUCCUUCCUGGCUUUACUGAACUCUUAUGUUACUGAUUCUACGAUUUCACUGUCACAGUGUGAAAUAUUUCUGGGACUCAUAUACACUAGUACACCCUGGAAACCUGAAAGCCUGGAAGAUAAGAUGAGAACAUAUUCCACACUUUUAAUAACCACAGAAGUCACAGAAUACGGGAGAUACACAGGUGUGCGUAUCAUUCACCCGCUGAUUGCCAUUCACUGUCUAAAAGAACUGGAAAAAAGCUAUCACUUGGAUAAAUGCCAAAUUGCACUGAAGAUAUUAAAUGAGAAUUUAUUCUAUGAUUCCGGAAUAGGAAGAGACAAAUUUCAACAUGACGUGCAAACUCUUCUGCUUACAAGACAGCGCAAGGAGUAUGGAGAUGAAACAGACACGUUGUUUUCCCCAUUAAUCGAAGCUUUACAGAAUAAAGAAAUUGAAAAGGUCUUGACUGAAGGAAGUGUUCGAUUCCCACAAAACGCCUUCAUUUGUCAAGCCUUAGCAAGACAUUUCUACAUUAAAGAGAAGAACUUUAACAUUGCUCUGGAUUGGGCAAAUCAGGCCAAAAAGAAAGCACCUAAAAAUUCUUAUAUCUCAGACACAUUAGGUCAAGUCUACAAAAGUGAAAUCAAAUGGUGGUUGGAUGAAAACAAAAACUGUAACGUCAUUACUGUUAAUGAUCUAACACAUUUACUAGAAGCUGCUGAAAAAGCCUCAAGAGCUUUCAAAGAAUCUCAACAGCAAACUGAUAAUAAAGACUAUGAAACCGAGGCCUGGUCACCACAGAAGCCCCAAAGAAGAUAUGACAUGUAUAAUACAUCUUGUUUCUUGGGUGAAAUAGAAGUUGGUCUUUAUACUAUCCAGAUUCUUCAGCUUACUCCCUUUUUCCACAAAGAAAAUGAAUUAUCGAAAAAACCUAUGGUGCAAUUUUUAUCAGGAAAGAGGAGCAUUCCUCUUGAUCCAGGAAAUGAAUAUUCUUUGGCUCUUAGCAAGUUUACAUCCCACCUACAAAAUUUACAAUCAGAUUUGAAAAGAUGCUUUGACUUUUUUAUUGAUUAUAUGGUUCUUCUGAAAAUGAGGAACACCCAAAAAGAAAUGGCAGAAGUCAUGUUAAGCAAGAAAGUCAGUCGUUGUUUCAGGAAAUAUACGGAACUUUUCUGCCAUUCAGAUUUGAAUCCAUUACAAAGCAAAGAGAGUCAAUUACUGCGGGAGGAGAAUUGCAGGAAAUCUCUAGAAGCUUUGAGAGCAGAUAGGUUUUCUGGACUCCUGGAAUACCUAAAUCCAAACCACAAAGAGUCUGCAACCAUCAUGGAAAAUAUAGUGAAUGACUACACCUUCCUAUUGCAGCAAAACCCAAAUAAAAGGCUGCCAAAAGAAAAACAAAAUUUCAUUUUGGCCAAUAUCAUUCUCAGUUGUCUAAAACCUAACUCCAAAUCCAUUCAACCACUUAACAUGCUUAAAAAACAUCUCCGAGAAGUCUUGCAACUUGCAGGACCAAGUCAUCAACACCCAGACCCUUAUUUCUUGGCCUGCCUCCUGUUCUGGCCAGAAAAUCAAGAGGUAGAUCAAGAUUCCGAACUAAUGGAAAAGUAUGUUUCAUCCUUAAAUAGAUCCUUCAGGGUACAGUAUAGGCGCAUGUGCAGAUCCAAGCAGGCAAGCACACUUUUCUAUCUGGGCAAGAGGAAGGGUCUCAACAGUCUCGUUCACAAGGGCGCAAUAGAGCAGUACUUUGGUAAAGUACAAAAUGCAAAUUCCCUCUGGCAGAGUGGAGAUGUGUGGAAAAAAACAGAAGUCAAAGACCUCCUGCGUCGUCUAAUUGGUCUGGCUGAUGGCAAGCUAAUCUCUAUAGAAUAUGGAACAGAGAAAAAAAUUAAAAUACCCGUGAUAUCUGUUUAUUCUGGUCCCCUGAGAAGUGGUAGGAACAUAGAAAGAGUUUCUUUCUACCUAGGAUUUUCUAUUGAAGGCCCUCUGGCAUAUGACAUAGAAGUCCUCUAAGAAGAUACGUUAGUUUGAGUAUGUUCAUUCAUAUCGCUCUAUGAUUUUAUUUCCUCUCUCUGUUCCCAUGGCAUUUUGAUGACAUUAUUGGCUUACCUCUAAUCAUGGAUUUUGCUUUUGUCCCUCUGAAUGAAGAAUAAGCUUUUUUAGAAUAAGAAACAUGUCUACAUACAGAGUUUGGCACACAGUAGAGUCGAUUAGUUAAUGUUUUAAAUAUGCAUUUUCAGUCUAACCUAUCCAAUUAAAAAGUUUCAAUUGCUAUCCACUGGUCAAACUAUAACUGGUUAUAGUCAAUAAAAUCUGUUUUAAAUUCAA